AGUAGUUUCUAGUUCGGUCUAUUACACUCACUAGCUAGUCACUAAACAAGACGUUGACCGACACUAUAUCGUACACAGUGCUAUGUCAGAACAUACUCUACACUGCUCACGACGUCGUUUAGAUCAUCUUCCUCCACUUCAAUCCCAAACAAACCACCCUAAUUUCCCCCUCUUCUGCACAUGAACAUCUUUUUACCGUCAGUAAAUUAAUCAACUAAGUUAACUUUAUUCCCAAUGUCCGGUAAAGAAAUGACCUUGCUACCUACCUCAACGCCGCCGCCGAUCACCACAGCAACUCACCACAACGGCGUCGUUUCACUCAAUCAACCUCACCAUCUCCUCUUCCCUAACGCCGGUUCAGUCCACGGCUUUCCUCCGUUCAAUCGCAGCUCCGGCGAUCCUGGGCCCAAAACAACUCGCGAGCUGACCGCCGGCUUUAUUGACGAGUCCAACCGGUUUUUUCAGACGGUCGAGUUCGGCCGACCGGUUUAUGCUGCUCCUGUUCAUGCGUGGAAUGUGAAUGACGGAAAUGGAUUGGACGGUGAUGACGACGACGAUGAUAAUGAUAAUGAUGACGAAGACGAUGAAUAUAACGAAGAUGAGGACGUUAAAUUUUCCGGUCCCAAAGGUUCGGACAGGGGAUUAUUAGUGAAGGAGAGGAAUGUUGUGGCUAUGGGAAAUAGUAAUGAUAAUGAUAUUAGUAACUGUAACGACGUUGGAGGUAGUUUGCGUGGGAAUCAGUCGGUGACUAUUACUGGCACGGAUGCGGAUUUGUAUUACUCAGAUCGAUAUGUGCACGGGCAAGAGGGGUCAACUUCUAUGGGGCGAAAAGAUGGCUCCUUUGGUGAAAAUGGUUGUGGUUUGAGCAGUAGGAAGGAUGUUUUGUACUCGACUGAAUCUGGGGAGUCUUUGAGGAAAAUUCUUUCGGAUCCUCUUACAGGAUCACUUAUGGAUGAUGCGAUGAUAUUGCCUUGUGGGCAUUCGUUUGGUGGUGGUGGAAUGCAGCAUGUUAUAAAAAUGAAAGCUUGUUACACUUGCUCACAACCAGUGUCAGAGGGCUCUGUGGCCAACAAUCUUUCUCUCCGAGCUGCUGUCCAGGCAUUCCGACGGGAAGAAGAAAUGCAAUCCCACCGUGCUUCCAAAAGAAGAAAAGAGAAAUUUGAACAGGAUAAAAGUAACUAUGGUGAUGCAUCGCUUGCGGAUCAGCCAAGAGGAAAAGGGGUUCAGUUUCCAUUUUCUCUGACUGAUAGAGUUAUCAUAAAGGGUAACAAGCGGACGCCACAACGCUUUGUCGGACGUGAGGCUGUUGUAACAACUCAAUGCUUGAAUGGAUGGUAUGUAGUCAAGACACUGGAUAAUGCAGAAAGCGUGAAAUUGCAAUAUCGCUCACUUGCAAAAGUUCCAGAUGAUACAACCACCAAGCCACCGUCAACUAUGUUGACACCUAAUUGGCUUUAGAGAUACAGGGAAGGCAUGGUCUAUUACCUCUUACCAGCGGGAUGCACUACUCCAUAUGUUUCUAUCAGAAGAUGUGUCUAUAUGUACUUCUGUUGUAUCACUUGCACUCAGAUAUUAAGAUAUAAGCCUGUACAUUGUAGAGCUAUUUUCAUGUAAUAGGUACACUAUAAAUUAGUAGAUUUAGAGAUGGAUUGUGCAAUGAUAUUGCAAAAAGCAUUGUAAUAUUUAUCGAAAAUACAGGAAAAUGUUAUAUGCCAUUUCAUUAAAAAUGGCACAGUAUAUAGAAGUUCUAACAAAUGCAGAUAUAUUCUUGCCC